CAUAAUAAAAAGAGCCAAAAUCAGUAGAAGAAGAAGAAAAAUUGUCGGUGGGAAAAAUCGUGUUUUUGAGCGCAAGGAAGAAACAUAUUAAAUCAUUAUGCUUCCUCUGUCUUUGUUGAAGACUGCCCAGAAUCAUCCCAUGCUGGUGGAGUUGAAGAAUGGAGAGACUUACAACGGCCAUCUGGUUAGCUGUGAUAACUGGAUGAACAUCAACCUGAGAGAGGUCAUCUGCACAUCCAGGGAUGGAGAUAAAUUCUGGAGGAUGCCCGAGUGUUACAUCCGAGGAAGCACCAUCAAGUAUUUGCGAAUUCCAGAUGAGAUCAUCGACAUGGUGAAGGAGGAGGUGGUGUCAAAGGGCCGUGGGCGCGGUGGUUCCCAGCAGAAUAAGCAGCAGGGCAAAGGAAGAGGAGGACCCGGUCGAGGUCUGUUUGGCGGCCGUGGCAGAGGGAUGUCCGGUCCUGGUCGGGGACAGCAGCAGCAACAGCAGCAGCAGCAGCAGUCGGAUAAGAAACCAGGCAAACCACAAGGCAUGAAGAACCAGCACUGACGAACAGUACUGCACUUUUGAAGCCACAUCCAGUUGAGUAGAUGCAGAUAUAAAGUACUCUGUUGUUUCUUUCUGCUGUGAAGUUGAGAAUAAUUUAUUGUUGCAAACAUUUUUUUUUUUGUACCUGAAUAUUAAGAUUUUCUUUUAACUGUUAUUGAAUACAGGUUUUCAUGGUGUAGAAAGGGUUGAGUCUAAAAUUUGUUGCUUGAAUAUUUUUUUUAGCUUCUUAAAUCAUUUGCAACUCCCAUCGUCUGAAUAUUACUCUUUUUAAAACCACAGCAGGUACAACAGUAGUCACAGCUGAGAGGAUUCACUUCCUGAACACUUUUGUUAUAACGUUUGUAAA